ACUCGCGGCUGGAAAAGCGCGUGAAGAACGAGAAGGAGAUUUCGAACGGCGACCGCCGGCCACAGCAGGAAGACGGUCGCCUCGACACGACUCUUACGAAGCCGCAGGACGCAGUUGCUCGCUGUGCCGGUAGCCUCCCGAAGACACUGCGACCAUGAACGACGAGGUAGCCUCGAAGCGCGACUACGGAGCUGCGACACCUCCAGGUGGGGCACGGCACUCGGUGGCCGGUCAAAACUCUCGGUAUAGCAUAGGCCCCGAUACCAUUCAUCCAACCGGUUCCCCGGUGCAAAAGGGCUCGAACGCUUCCCUGGUUCCAGGAAGUGGACGCGCUUCAAGAGGCACUGGCGGUAAGAAGGAAUUUUCGCCAGCACAGUCACCGUCCGGCUUAGUUUCUUCCGCCGGCAGCUCGCUUCCACCUAAAAGCCCCAAGUCGAAUUGUCGUUCACGUUUGUCUAGUGACCUUUCGCAGCGCAAUUCAGCCGCACACGUUGCCGAAGAGCAUUCGGAACUUCAAGAAGCAAGGGAAGUAGUGCCCGGCAAGGCAUUGAAAUCACCGCCACGUAACGCUUUCGCGUCACGCAAGGGUUCUCCGCCUUCACAACGAGAUGGCUCGCCCAUAGGCUCCCCACCGAAGAUAGGCCGCCCGUCCGCGCAUUUAUCUCCCCCACCUGUCAACGCCUCCCGCACAGCCAAACAGGCCAAUACAAGAAGGAGCGCGUCUCCGCUCGUAGGUGGAAUUCCCAAGAGUUCCGUUCGUUCAGAACGGAUGUCUUCUCCCGGACUUUCCGAAGUAAACGCUACAUUGCCGGCACCCACGAAUAUAGCGGUUAAAAACGCUCAGGCGCUUCCCAAGAACCCUCAGUGCAACAGAAGCGAUCACUCGAAAUUUCCAUCAGGUACGGACGGCGCCGUUAACAGGAAGGAUUCACUUGCGUCCGAAUCAAUUGCCCUUUCAGAGAAGAAAGUGCCCACAGCUGCACAGCGUUCUUUGUCCCGGAAGCAGGGUGCGACUUCACCCAAGGAAAAUUCCACAUCAGUCAAGCGCACCCCACAGAGUGAUGUUUGUUCUACGGGUCCUCUUCUGCAAGAACGCCGCGUCGCAGCGAAAGGCUUCUCGACACCGCCGAAGCAAUCUCCGAACCCUGGGCACACUCCAUCAGGCUACGGGGGUCCAGACAUCAGGAGUGGCGCAGAACGGCUGGGAGAAUCGCCGUCGUCAAUGAGCUCCACGAAUUCUCGGGGUUCACCGGAUGACUAUCCCCGUUUUGCUUCCGGAGGGUCCUCGUCGAUCCCAGGGUUGAUUCCUGCCGGCGAAGCUGCUCCUCGGCUGCCUACACAAUGGAGAGGAAGACCCCGACCGCAAGGGCUUGGACGUGUUGUAACAUCUGAACCACGGAUGAAAGCUUCCCAGCGCCCCCCGCUGCUUGGUCGUGGAUCGUCCGCUUCUCCGAGAGAUCGCCCGGCAAAACUUCGUCCCCGUGGAGAGAGGGUUUCUCCACGGCCAUCCGCUGCUGGCUGUGCAAGCCGGCCCUCGCCGUCGUCCUGAUAGCCCUGGUGGCCUCCGUCACGUGGGCUCUGGUGAAGCGUCGUUAUUUCGGGUCACAAGCUCUGAUGGCGUCCGUUUGCCAGUCGCCCGCGUGCCGUUAUUACGCCGACCUCAUCACUUCGACUAUGGACGCACGCGCGAACCCUUGCGACAACUUCUACGGCCACGUCUGCGGCCGCUGGAUGCGGCCGCGGAGGAUGCCCGCCACGCCUAGCGUGGCGGACGCCAACUGGGCCCGUUUUCUGGAUGAAAGCAUGUCGCGUAUCGCCAACCGCUCUUCUUCCGGAAGCGCUGGCGACGCCAAGGACACCGUUCGCAGCGCUGCUCGAUACAUCAAGGUGUGCCUGGCACCGCUCAGACACAGUAACGUGGACGAAGUGAAGCUGGUGUUGGCAGCGGGCGGAAUGUCAUGGCCCUUCGGGCCGGGCUCGGGACAAGCCGAUUUUCUCUCUGCGCUCUUCUACAUGGCGCGGCGAGUCGGAGCUCCGGUAUUUUUCGAUGUCACGCACACUGACGCCCGAGAACGACUGUCCGUACUGUGUUCUCGAGACGCGACCUACGAAGCGACGUACGCCAAGAUUACGGAGCACGUGCGCGCGUUACAUGCACGGGACCACUACCACGUGUGCUGCGAGGUGUUCGCUGGGCCCGGGAACCGCACUCGAUGCGAAAGGCUGUUCGACGAUUUCGUCCAGAUGAAACGUGCUUUCGACGGUUAUUACGCCGGUCAGCGCUCGAAAGACAUCGUCAGCGCGAACAUGUCUCAUCUACAUCGUUACGCACCGCGAGUCUCGGAAGCCCGGUGGAGAGCGCUGUUCGAGGUUCACUUCAACGUCACCUUGCGCGACGUCGACGGCUUUGUCAUCGAGGACCCCCGACAGUUCGCCUCGGUGUUUCGGCUUCUCGAGCGUUACGGGGAAGAGAAGAUGCUCGACCUCAUCGGAUGGCUCAGCGUCCAAGUUUUGAUCCAUUACACGAACAAAGGAUUGAUGGACAGUUUCUACCGAUUCCCCGACAUCGCAAGCAACGAGCAUCGACAGCUUUGCUUCACGACAGCCUACAUAGCCUUCGGAUACGCCGUGAACCAUCUUUUUCUGGAAGACGCCGGGGCCGCCAUAAACAGAGUGAAACUCUUCGCUCAAAACCGCAUUCGACCCGCCUUCAGGGCAAUGUUGCGGAGUGGCACUCUGCUUCGCGGGAACCCGGAGCCGGAGCCCAGCGGUGGUAAACUGCGGAUGGCCUUCGAUAUCAUCGAAGGUACUCUCUCCAGCGAGCAGGAGGGUUCUUCCGAUGCCUUUUCCGAGGUGACGGACCACCCCCUGGCAAACAAGAUGGCGCUCUCGUCGUACCUCAGGAGCGCCGGACCAAUCAGCGCCAGGAAGGACGCGCAUGGGCCGUGCUGGUCUUACAGUGCAUCCGACUCGACCUUGAUCGAAGGCUUCCUCAUAAACCCGCAGCACUUCGCACUUCCUUGGUACGCCAAGGACGCCCCGCCCGGAGUCCUUGUUGGAGGCAUAGUCCUGAGGCUCGCCUCGGUGCUGUUCAUGGACUACGUGGAGCGCUCGCGCAACUCCAACGCCACGUACGAGGCGAAUCGCAAGUGCCUCGAUCUCGAUCCACCUAGCGGCAGGGACGACAGGGACCUGCAGGCGCUCACAGCUGCUCUGAACGUCGUGGCGAGCCUGUACCAGGAAUCGCCCACGGACUCUGCCGUCGCGCCCGUGGGCAGCCCGCUGUUUUCUAGCGACGGAUUCAUGUUCGCGUUCUCGUGCUGGCUCCACUGCGGCGACGCGCAGCGCGGGAGCGUCAUGUGCAACACGCCGCUGAGGCACAACCCGCGGUUUUCUCGGGCCUUCGCCUGCCCCGAAAACUCGCACAUGAACCCGGUGUCCAAAUGCACGCUGCAAGUUUAAUGUUCGUUGUUGUAAAUAUUGCCGAUAUACUUUCUGUUAGGAUGGCUCGCGACGCAUCGUGGUAUCCUUCUGUCUUAGCUUGCACAGGUGCAUUUGCGGAUGUAUUGUCUGGGUAUAUUUUAUUGGUCGCCAUCUAUAGUUCACCUUUAAAUAUGUUACUCUUUACUAGGUUUAUACUGAUGUUUGGCUUCUCCAUUCUAAAACUACCAUCAGUUACAUGCUUGACGCUACAGAGUUUACUUGCCAGUGGUUUCAGAUUUCUGAACAAAUGAACUGAAAGCACUUUGCGCCCUGUGAAAGCACCGUUAAACGGGAAACAUAAGCAAGAAAAAAAAAUAUCUCAACCUUCUGUUGGUUGGUGUCGAGUGCCUGCAGCGAACCGGAAGGGACACGCACUGUGCGGGAAAUGAGGGUGAAAGCAAAUAGAGAGCAAAACACCUGCUGACCUUUUUUUGUUGUUGCGAGUUCCUUUUUUACUAUAUGUGCCAGACUGUAAGCAGGUAGCCACAGGCAUCAUCCUGCACGCCAUGGCACGCCGUCUAUAGGCUACAGGCGACUUUGGCUACGGGAUCGCAGCAAGUCUUCUAUUGUAAUGCUGUGCAUGGACAAGGGACGUCAUUCAGGUGUACGAAUUGUAUCGCUCUGGUGCUUGUUCUGCUCGCAGCCGCUGCUGUAGCCCAGUGACUAUAUGGAGUUGCGGUGUCGGGCAUGAGGUUCUAGGUUCGUUUCCGACGGCAGCAUUUUGAUGGCGGCGAAAGUAAAAAAAAAAGAACCUUCAGUUUGCUUAGAUUUAGGUGCUUUGUAAAGAACCUCACGUGGUCAAAACGGACCGUCUCUCCCCACUGUAUGGCUUGCCUGAUAAUAAAUAUGUGGUUUUUGGGCCAGUAAAAGCCGACAAUUUAUUUUGUAUUCUGUUUGCGGAAACUUGGGAAGUUAUUCGUAUCCGUGGACGUGCCAAAUUGCGGGAGGGAAGUGGAUUAUUUGUUUCUCGUCGAUACCGUCUUCUUGGGAGCACUUGCUGAUUUUCAAGGAGGAAAGUAAUGAAGGC